UAAACAAUUGUAUGGCUGUAGAGUAAACUGUGGCUGUGCCUGUAUCUCGUACUGUUUUUCUCAGUUCUUUCACAGAAUAGUUUUUCCACAGAAUGGAAACUAUUCUGUGGUUUAUAUAACAUAAUAAACUGCGACCGAUAAUACUGUUUGUUUUGUCAAUAUUUUUCGUCUUGUUUACAUAAUAACGUUUUUUUCUGUUGUCGACAUCGCUGAAAUCGACUUUACUACUUCAGUCACUAGAUACCCUACUACCCUGGACGACACUAAGUACCUACUGAUACGCGAAACUGACGGAUUAUGUCGACAUAUUAAUAUUGACAUCUGUUACCGUCGGUCGUGGUUGAUUAAAAUGGCAGAAUACGCAGAGUACCGUCAAAAUAACAUGGAUAAUAUUUUAAAUUAUAACUACGGUGUCGAGUUAUUCCCUAGUUCCAGUCAUAGCCCAGUCAUCAAAAAAAAUACUCGAGAAGAAGCUUUGAUUAAAUUAAAAAAGUUGCUGAGGAUUAACGGAUUUGCGUUUCUGGCCGAAAAUAAUAAAGAAGCAUUUAUAAUGAUGUUCUUGUAUGCACGGAAAAUGAAUGAGAGUAAUGCAUUGAGUUUGAUUCAAAAUUAUUAUCAAUUUAGAAGGGAACAUGAUCUAUGGUUUCGUAGAUUGGAACCUUUUGAUCCAAAAAUUCAAAUGGCUAUUCAAGAUGGUUUCCCUUCUGUACUUUCAAAUCUGGAUAGACGAAGCCGUCGUGUUCUUUUUAUGGUUUGCUCCCAAUGGAAUACUGAACGUUAUUGUUUACUGACUAUAUACAGAGCAUUAUUAGUAUCUCUGGAACAUUUGAUCCAAGAUGUGAAUACUCAGUAUAACGGUUUUGUAUUUAUUGUUGAUUGGACCAAUUUUACUGCUCGCCAGACAAUGAACAUCAGUCCAAGAUUGUUACAUGUGAUGCUACAAGGAUUACAAGAUUGUUUUCCUGCAAAAAUUAAAGCUGUCCAUUUUAUCAACCAGCCAUGGUAUAUUGAUGGCCUAAUGUCUGUCGUUAAACCAUUUUUAAAAGAAAAAACAAAAAAUAAAAUAAUUUUGCAUGGUUUGAAUUUGAAUACCCUACAUGAAUACUUUCCAAAAGAUAUUCUGCCUUCAGAACUAGGUGGCGAACAACCUCCAUAUGAUUCAAGGAUUUGGUUAAAAAGUCUUUUAGGGUCUUCUUUGGGAGUUGAUUUAUAAUUUUAUUUAUAUCAUUGAAUUUAACGCACAUUAAUUUUUUUUAGCAAGGACAGGACUAAAUAUUUAUAAUUAUAAUAUAUAUUAUACUUAUUGUAUUAUAUUAUUAUAUUAUAUAAUUUAAUACAGAACAUUUUUGUUCUGUAACCACAAAUUAAUUAUUUAAGGUUUUUUAUUACUGCUGCACAUACAAUUUUAAAUUUCAUACUCCCUAAUUUAUUAUUAUUUAACAUAGGUGGAGGUCUUAUUGAAUUUCAACUAUGGAAAUAUUUAUUAGAUAUUAUUGCUAAGUGAAAAACUGAUUUUAAUACAUCACAAUAUUUAUUAGUGAUUAUAAUUUUGUACAGACAUUUUUAUUUUUUAUUAUAAUUACAUAUGGCUGAAACUGUGAUACAUUUUACGUCUAUCCAAAAGUAUUUAUCCCAAUAUAAGUAAAUAAUAUAGUUAUAUUAAUUAUAUAUGGGAUGUCAGUAUUAAUACAUUAGACAAAUGGACCAACGGUGCUCUAAAUUAGUUAUUGUUAAUGUUUUCAAUAAACAUUUUAUUUUAAUUUGGCAUGCAAUAUAUUUGUUAUAUGUAUAUUU